ACCUUUUAUAAUAUAAGAGGCUUUGUUUCUCUUGAAGUGUUUCAACAAUGGCGGAUCAAUCUCUUCACUCUCCGAUAAAACCACAUUUCUUCAAGCCUCUUCUUCCAGGCUUCCGCACUCACCUCGACAUUCCUGUAGCUUUCUUCUCAAAGUACGUUGAAGGAAGAAACGACCAAAACAAGACUGCGAAACUGAGAUCAGAUGCGUCGGACAUAACCUGGUUAGUGAAGAUGGACGGUCUGAAAUUCACGGACGGGUGGGAAGAUUUUGCCUCUGCACAUGAUCUCCGAACUGGCGACAUCGUCGUUUUCAGACAUGAAGGAGAGAUGGUGUUUCAUGUCACACCUUUGGGACCAAGUUGCUGUGAGAUUCAAUAUACAUCUUCAUCAUCUCACAACAUCAAUGAUGAUGAUGAAACCAACAUUGUUUCAAGAAACAGUUCAAGAGUGAAGAAGAAUUCAAGAAAGAAAAUGGAGUGCUCAUCAAACCCUUUUCGUUUUGUGGCAAAAGUCUCAGCUUGGGGCCUAAGCAAUGAUCGACAGUAUAUACCAAUUACUUUCGCGAGGUCAAAAGGUCUGAACAAAAUGCGCGGUAAGAAAAUCUAUCUUCGCAAUGAAGAAGGAAGAUCAUGGAAGUUAGGUUUGGAACACGACAAAACAGGCAUUCAUACUUAUCUCACAUCUGGUUGGAGAAUAUUCUGCGAUGCAAAUGGGAUUAGCCAAGGUCAACAACAUACAUUCAAACUGGUCCGAAGAUCUGCACCGCCUGUCAUCCGUUUGUGCCGUCCGAAACCAAGGCCAAAACAAAGAUCAGAAUCAGAAUCUCCAUUAGACCAUUCUUGUUUUCAGGGAUCUGUCAGUCCUUCAAGCCUAAGCAAUGAUCAACUGUAUCUUCCAAGGAGCUUUGUGAGCUUACAUGGUCUGGAGAAAAGAUGCAGUGAGAUAAUUUUAAAGAAUGAGCAGGGAAGUAAAUGGCCUUUAGUUUUGAAACACACCAAGUCAAUCAACCUUACUUAUCUCAAAAAAGGCUGGACCAUUUUCUGCGACUUUAACGGGUUCAAAAUUGGAGAUCCCUUCAAGUUUAAACUGUCUGGAACCUGGGAAGAACCUGUUCUUUCUUUGUGCCCCGUUGAGCCCAACCGUGCCAAAAAUCCAUUAAAGUGUUCAGCAGGUAGUGAUGAUGUAAAUCCUGAAGAAAGUGAAGAAGACAAGAAUAUCUCACAGGAAUGCUUGGAGAUCAAGAAAAGGAAGUACCGGUCGAGAUGCAGAGCUUCUGUAGAAAACAUGGAUGAUGACCAGACCAACAUUGUUACAGGAAACAGUUCGAGAGCGAAGAAGGGUCCGAGGAAAACAGUAGAGUCUUCAUCAGACCAUCUUAGUUUUGUGGGAAAUGUCACAGCUUCAAGCCUAAGAAAUGAUCGACUGUAUUUACCACUGAGUUUCGAGAGGUCAAAUGGUCUAGACAAAAUGAGCGGUAAGAAGAUUGUUCUUCUUAACGAAGAAGGAAGAUCAUGGAAGUUAAAUUUGGCAUACAACAAAGCAGGCAUGCAUACUUAUGUCAGAUCUGGUUGGAAAAGUUUCUGUGAUGCAAAUGGGAUGAGCCAAGGUCAACAAUAUACAUUCAAACUGGUCCGAAGAACUGCACCGCCUGUCAUGCGUUUGUACCUUGCAAAACAUAGACCAAAACCAGAAUCUUCAUCUCAACAUUCCUAUUUUGUGGGAUCUGUCUCUGCUUCAAGCCUAAACAAAGAUAAACUGUAUUUAUGGAGAAGUUUUGUGAGCUCAAAUGGUCUGGACAAAGGAUGCAAUAAGAUAACUUUAAAGAAUGAACGGGGAAGAGAAUGGACUUUAGUCUUGAAACACUACGAAUCAAAACGCUUUACUAUUAUCAAACGAGGCUGGACCAGUUUCUGCCAAGACAACGGAUUAAAAGCUCGAGACUCCUUCAAGUUUAAACUUGUUGAGACCGGGGAAAACCCUAUUCUUUCUUUGUGCCCUGCAGAUUCCAACCGUGACAAAACUCCAUUAGAGUAUGCUGAAGGUAUUGAUAAUGUAAAGUCCCUUUCCUCAAGUCCUAGCAGCGGAGAUGACAGUAGCAGAUCCAAAAAAAGUGAGGAUGAGAGUAUUGAAGAUAAGAACAUCUCACAGGAUUGCUUGGAGAUCAAAAAAAGGAAGUAUUGCUUGAAUUGUAGAGCUUCAUAUUCAUAUACUCCAAAACAAUUCGUGACAUUAACUCUUACACAGUCCGCUUUCGAAACCUCUAAACUGUUUCUUCCGUGUGGUUUCACGAAGGUGAAUGGAAUCAACAAGCCAAGGAAGAUAACUCUGUUGGGUCAAGAUGGAGUAAAACGGGUGGUGGAUCUCUAUCAGGAAAAAAAAGGCGGAACAAUGCGGUUUGGAAAAGGGUGGAAACAGUUCUGUGAAGCUCAAGGCGUAAAGGUAGACGAGUCUUUUAUGUUGGAACUAAUCUGGGAGGACGAAGCAAGUCCGGUGCUUAAGUUCUGCACCAAAGUAAACUCUGCUUGAGACUGUUUCCAGAUAAGUAGCUUGUGGUGUGUCAACAUAAUUCUUCUUUAUCUCUCCUUGUUCAUAUAGGAACAGAGAUGUUGCUACCUCUGCAAUAUUUCCCCUGUGUCAAGAGUUUUCAGCUUGUUGUGAACAUUUUGAGAAUUCCUUAUGUAAUAUUUUCAAUUUCUGCUCCAUUAUCUCGUUAUAAGAUUUUCUUCAAAGAUCUGUAUGGUGACUUUAGUCGAUCAAUGAACUGAACAAGAUUCACCUUAAUCCAUAACAGCAGUCAGUGCUUACACCUAACAGUCAGAUUCAUCCUUUGGUUGGGAUCUUUUGU